AUGAGAGCGCACUGCAGCAUCUGUCAAGACAGCCACCUCCUCCAGGACUUCCGCUUCCUUCCCUGCGGGCAUGGCUUCUGCCUUCCAUCCUUGGAACACUACGUUCAACAGCAUACACGAAAACCCUGUCCCAUCUGUCGUGUAUCCUUCAGAUUAUCCGACGUCCUCGCCGUCUUCAUCGAAGGAGAUCCAGACGCGCCUCGCAGCCAGGCAGCUCCUGCUAGCGACGCGGCCAAUGACCAGCCAUACCCCUCAGCGGCCGCCGCCAACCAAAAGGAGCAGCUCACGGCCCUGCAGAGCGAUCUGCGCGCCGCGGGCACGGAGAAGGACGCGCUGCGCCAGGACGCGGAGCACGCACGGUGUCUCGCGAGCAGCGCGGUCGACACCGCAGACAAAGCGCGGCACGAGCUCGUCGGCGCGCGCGAGGAGGCGGAGCGUCUGCGCCUGCGCCUCGAGGCGCAGGGAAGGCAGCACGGCGAGCAGCUCGCGGCGAAGGCGAAGGAGGCGCGCGGGCUGUGGGACACGGUCCUCGCGCACAAGGACAAGGAAGCGAAGCAGAAGGCGAAGAUCGCCGCGUUGAGGCAGCAGGUUGGGGAGCAUGAGGCCACGAUCGACCUGCUGCGCUCGCGGGCCAUACCCCCUGCAAGACGGGCGCGCUGGCGGGGCUCGGAACGAGCUACCCCAACGCCUGCCUUCAACCCUGACGAGGAUCUCGACGUCCUCGACGCAUACCCGACCCAUGAUAACACCCCCCUUACUGAUACCACCGCGAAUUCCGAUCUUGGCUUCCUGGACCCCGAGUCGUCUCAGCCUCUACCUCCCCUCUUCCCCACUCCACGUUCGCAGCCAUCGUUUCCCGCGCCCGCGACGCUGCAGCGCCCCAUCUUCGGCACGGACUGGAACCUGAAGCCGCCUGAGAAGCGCAGGCGUGUCGUGUCGGUAGACACACGCCCAUCGACGUCGUUCCCGAUUGCGGUGGACGAGAAGGGGCGGCCAAAGGGCGCGGUGCAGCUGGGCUCGCGGCAGAAGCUCAAAUCUGGAUGA